AGAGUGUGUCAGCUUCACAAAGAAAUUUGGUGUCCCACUAUUAGUGUUGGGAGGUGGUGGAUACACUCCAAGAAAUGUUGCAAGAUGUUGGGCUUACGAAACAGGAUUGCUCGUGGAUAGUGACAUGCCAACAGAAAUUCCUUACAACACAGAGUAUUUCCAGUACUUUGCUCCCGAUUUCUCGCUCCACCCGGAGGUGAUAACGCGGCAGGAAAAUGGAAAUAGUCGGCAGUACCUGGAUGCUAUUGUGAAGCACGUGUAUGAUAAUUUAAGAAUGGUUCAACAUGCUCCUAGUGUCCAGAUGCAGGAUGUCCCCGGAGAUGGCCUAAGUAUUAAGGAGGAGGAGGAGAUUGAUCCAGACACUCGACUACACAUCAGUGAAGAAGAUAAGAGAGUGGAACCAGAGAAUGAGUUCUAUGAUGGAGAAAAGGAUAAUGAUAAAGAUGCUGACAGUGAUGCCAAUAUCCCAACGUCAAAGAACUAAGAGGAUGUCCAGUCUGGAGAUAGGAAGUAAGGUCUUCCUGGUUUUGCAUAGGAACAAAGAGGAACUUGGGAAGACGAGUGUGGGAUUGUCUUCCUUCCCUGUAAGAGGAAAUUAAAGUGGAAAGAGUGAAGGCAAGAAGUAAAUGAGAAAAUAAAAGGAGGAGUGUGCUAGUGCAAAUUGCAAGCAAAUAAUUUGAAUUGACUUGUAAAGUACAGUAUUAUCAAAAUAGUUUAUAUCUAUAUAAUGCUUUAGAUUUCAUAACCAAGACAAAAAAUAAACCUUUUUAAGAAAAUUAUACAUGGAAGGUUUUAUGUUUUAUUUUGGAAUUUUGUGGAAGAAGAAGGGAAAGGUCUUCCCCAAAAGACAAAAUUAUGCAAGACGUUUGCAAGAGAAAAAACAAUUUGUAUUAUGCUCUGUUUGAAGUCCUUCCCAGUUUCUUGUGCUAAGAAUCAUUUGAGGUAGGAGAGGAGAGAGAGAGAGUUGAUCUCAGCGGAAAUAGUUUUUCUUUUUUUAGGGAUUAAUAUUUUCAUAAUCAGAACCAUUGUUGUGUGAGGCAAUAGGAAAGCAUAACAGUCUGUACAUUUUUUUCCCCUUUUUUUUAGGUGGGUGGGAGUACAUAUUCGUGUAAGAGACUGAUAGAUUGGAGAUGUACAUAUUUAUCCUGCAGAUAUAAGAAGGAUUUUAGAGCAGUUUUACUUAAGUAAUUAUAAAUUAUCAUAAUUGAUAAAAAAAAAGUA